GCCUAAUGAGUGUCAGACGGACAUCGCACGGUGAUCGGUCGUUUGCCCGUAGUUGAAGACAGAAUAAUUUUAUAAAAAGAAAAUUAGGUUUUUGAUUAUUCUUUACUGAAUUAAAAAACUUGCCUUAGGCCAACAUGUCGUGGUUAUUUGGGUACAGUUCUACACCUCCACCACCCUCUGAUGUUCCACCUGCAGAUUCUGGAGGGUCUGCCGCACCCCCAGCUAACCUAACCAAAUCUGAAAAGAAAGCAAUGGAGGCCUAUCGUUUUGAUUCUAGUGCUUUAGAAAGAGCUGCUCAAGCAGCUAGAGAACUAGAACGCUCAAAGCAUUCAAAAGAAGCCUUGGAGCUAAGUAAGCUCCAGGAAAGUACCAAACAAACAGAACAAAUGGCUAAAAUAAAGGAAUAUGAAGCUGCCAUAGAACAAGCCAAAGUUGAACAGAAGAGAAUUGAUUAUGAGGAGCGCAGAAAGACAUUGCAGGAGGAAACCAAACAACACCAAAUGAGAGCCCAGUAUCAAGAUCAGUUGGCUAAAAAAAGAUAUGAAGAGCAACUUGUACAACAGCAAAAGUCACAAGAUGAGAUUCUAAGAAAACAAGAAGAGAGUGUAGCCAAGCAGGAGGCAUUACGGCGUGCUACUAUUGAACAUGAAAUGGAAUUACGAGAGAAGAACAAACUCAAGGCCAUUGAGGCAGAAGCUCGGGCUAAAGCUAAAGCUGAUCGUGAAAACCGUGACAUCACAUUAGAACAAAUAAGAUUAAAGGCAGCUGAAAACAGAACUACUAUUCUAGAAAGUAUCAAGACAGCUGGGAGUGUUGUUGGCACCGGUCUGAAUGCCCUCGUCACUGAUUGGGAUAAAACUCUAGCUGCUGCUGGAGGGUUGUCACUUCUGGCUCUUGGUGUGUACUCAGCUAAAGGGGCAACAUCAGUAGCUGCAAGGUUCAUUGAAGCACGCAUUGGCAAACCCACCCUUGUAAAUGAAACAUCUAGAUUUUCUUUACUGGAAGCUGUAAAACAUCCCAUACUCACUGUUUCUAAAGCAAUUCAAAGUUUCAAAAAGCCAUCAGAUGCUUUAGCUGGAGUAGUCCUAGCCCCAACUCUUGAGCGACGACUUCGAGACAUUGCUAUUGCAACUAAAAAUACGCGUUUGAACAAGGGAUUUUAUAGAAAUCUGCUCAUGUAUGGACCUCCUGGUACUGGUAAAACUUUGUUCUCGAAGAAACUGGCAAAACAUUCAGGCAUGGAGUAUGCUAUACUCACUGGUGGCGAUGUUGCGCCCAUGGGAAAGGAUGCUGUUGCAGCUAUUCAUAAAGUAUUUGAUUGGGCUAAUACAAGCAAAAAAGGAGUACUUCUCUUCAUUGAUGAAGCUGACGCAUUUUUGAGAAAGCGUUCCUCUGAAAGAAUUAGUGAAGAUUUGAGAGCAGCCCUCAAUGCAUUCCUGUACCGGACAUCUGACCAGAGCAAUCGGAUUAUGUUGGUGCUAGCCUCAAACACGCCUCAGCAAUUCGAUUCUGCGAUUAAUGACCGUCUCGACAAGAUGAUUGAAUUCGGUCUGCCUGGUCUUGAAGAGCGCGAACGUUUGAUUCGUCUUUACUUUGAUACCUUUGUGCUUAAGCCUGCAUCAGAAGGAAAGCGGCGACUUAGCGUGGACCAGUUCGACUACAGUGCUUUAUGUUCGACCCUGGCCGCCCGGACAGCUGGUAUGUCUGGCCGAGCACUCUCUAAGCUGGGUGUUGCAUGGCAAGCGGCCGCUUACGCCUCUGACGAUGGACGCCUUACUGAGCAAAUGUGUAUUGAUAUAUGCGAUGAUGCUGUUCGAGAUCACCGUCAAAAGAUGGAGUGGCUAUCAUCUGAAGAGAAGUCACGAAGUAUGAUGCCUUAUCUUUUGGACUUGCCUCCUUUAGAUGUACAACAGAAUGAAACGGUUCAGAUUGCUAGCAAGAAGGAUACAGUAAAUAUGGAUACAAAUGAAUCCAAAAAUGCACAAAAGAAGAAAGCGGCAGAUAUUGAAUUAGAAAAGUGACACAGUGUUAAAUCUACUACCAAGGCAGAUGUAGCUGUAAACAACUUAAUAUGUUCCAGUUCCACACAAAAUAUUACUAGCUGUGAUACAAUUCAAAAGUUUAAAUACAAUUGUAAAA